CAGGGCAAAAACGCGCGCCUUAAUGAAGACAAAGAGGACUUAAACCGGAAGUAGGACACAAACACGCGCCAUAUCAUUGAAGACGAAGAAGACGUAAACCGGAAGCGGGACCAGGCUUAACGAGAAGGUGUAAAGGCACACCUCCAGGCAACUACACAUCCAUCCAUCCAUUUCCUACCGCUUAUUCCUUUUUGGGGUGGCGGGGGGUGCUGGCGCCUAUCUCAGCUACAAUCGGGCGGAAGGUGGGGUACACCCUGGACAAGUCGCAAUCUCAUCGCAGAUGUCAAAAUGGCAAGCAGACGUACGCUAAAGGCCGUCCUGGUGGACCUGAGUGGAACUCUGCACGUGGAGGACACGGCGGUCCCUGGUGCGCAGGACGCCCUCCACAGGUUACGUGAGGCGUCGGUCGCCGUGAAGUUCGUGACCAACACGACGAAAGAGAGUAAGAGGAACCUACUGGAAAGACUGCGAGGACUCAACUUUGACCUCCAGGAAAAGGAGAUCUUCACGUCUCUGAGUGCUGCCAGGAGUCUCCUGGAGAAGACCAUGCUCAGACCCUUGCUGCUGGUGGAGGACGGCGCCCUGGAGGACUUUGCAGGUAUCGACACCUUGGAACCAAACGCUGUUGUGGUAGGACUGGCUCCUGAACACUUCAACUACCAGACUAUGAACAAGGCCUUCAGACUGGUUCUGGGUGGCGCUCCUCUCAUCGCCAUCCAUAAGGCUCGUUACUACAAAAGGAAAGAUGGUUUGGCCCUGGGCCCUGGACCGUUCGUCACCGGACUGGAGUACGCCACGGACUGUCAAGCCACCGUAGUGGGCAAGCCUGAGAAGACUUUCUUCACACAGGCUCUUGCUGAUUUGGGAUGUAGCCCCGAUGAAGCCGUCAUGAUAGGAGAUGAUGCCAGGGAUGAUGUGGGAGGAGCUCAGAGCGCAGGAAUGUUGGGGAUUUUAGUCCGAACUGGUAAAUACAGACGAGGAGACGAGAAUAAAGUCAACCCUGCACCUCACCUCACGUGUGACACUUUCCCAGAUGCUGUUGAUCAUAUCCUUCAAAACUUGCUCUAACAGUGUUUUUCAACCUUUUUGGAGCCAAGGCACAUUUCUUGCCUUGAAAAAAUGCGGAGGCACACCACCAGCAGAAAUUAUUGAAAGAUGAAACUCAGCAGUCGAUAUUGACAAUAAAAAGUCAUUGUCGCAA